AUGAAUGAGAGAAUUCUAAGUCGCGAGGAAAUCUUCAAUACUGUGAGGUCAUGCAAAACUCUCUCGUCUGUCAAUGCAGUCCAUGCUCAAAUUCAACCAGCAGGCCAUGCUAAUGACGUCUUUCUCUGGAAUCUUCUCAUAGAUGCAUACGGGAGAUUUGGUGACGCUGUGUCUGCUAGAAAGAUUUUUGGCAAUCUUGCCAGUAAGAACAUAUACUCAUGGUCUUUGAUGCUCUCGGCAUAUGCCCGCAAUGAGCAUCUUGACUUGGCUGAGGAGGUAUAUGCUGCAAUGCCUGAAUGGAAUCUUGUGUGCUGGAACACACUCCUCACGGCUUACAAGCAGCAUUCGCGUGUGGAAUCGGCAAAGCUUCUCUUUGAUUCCAUCCAAGAAAGAACCCUCAUGUCGUGGAAUCUUCUCUUAACGGCAUAUACCCAAAACAGGUAUCUUAAAGAGGCUAAGCUUCUCUUUGACAAAAUGCCCGAGUGGGAUCAAGUAUCGUUUACGUCUAUGCUGACUGGCUAUGUCCGUACCUCAGACAUUGGCCAAGCCAAAGCUCUGUACGAAAGAAUGCCGUACUGGGACUUGGUAGUGUCAACAGCCAUGCUCUCUGCAUAUUCUCUGGCAGGGCAUCUGGAAGAUGCGGAGAGCAUUUUCUACAGGAUGCAAGAGUGGAAUCUCGUGUCUUGGAACGCAAUUUUAUCAGCAUAUUCUCGGCAUGGCCAUCUAGACGUUGCAAGGAAAAUCUUUGAUGGCAUGAGAGAGAGGAAUAUCAUAUCUUGGAACGCCUUGCUCUCGGCAUAUGCCCUCAAAGGCCAUGUCAAGCAAGCCAAGCUAGUUUUUGAGUCCAUGCUUGAGUGGAAUUUAAUUUCCUGGACUACAAUGUUGACGGGGUAUUGUCUAAACGGCUGCCUAGAAGAAGCCAAGCUUGUUUUCGACAGUAUGAAAGAACGAGAUUUGGUAUCGUGGAAUGCCAUGCUCUCGGGAUAUUCCCUAAAUGGGCAUUUGUCUCUGGCCGUAGAUCUCUUUCACAGAAUGAACGAAUGGGAUCUCGUGUCGUGGAACACGCUGCUCACUGCGUACGUACAGUCCGGAGGCAUAGAUGAUGCGAAGAUUCUCUUUGACUCAAUGCCCGCGAGAGACAUCGUUUCGUGGAACGCAAUCCUUGCCGCUUUUGCCCAGCGAGGGGAUCUGUACAAAGCGAAAGAAGUGUACGAUGCAAUGAAAGUGCACGGACUGAUCCCGUGUACGACCCUGAUCACCGCGUACGGAGAGACUGGGAAUCUCGAAGAAUCGAAAGGUAUCUUUGCUUCUAUGCCCCAACAGGACCUUGCAUCGCACAACUCAUUGCUCUCCGCAUUUGCCCAGAACGGGCAUUUGGAGGAGGCCAAGGCACUGUUUGACACAAUGCGGGAGUGGAACCUGGUGUCGUACACCGCGCUGCUAAACGGCCACGCCCUGUACGGCAGCCUGGACGAGGCGCGGCGGGUGUUUGACUCGAUGCACGACCACGACCUCGUCGCGUUGACCUCGAUGAUCUCGGCGUACUCGGUCAACGGGCACGUACGGGAGGCGGCGGCGCUGUUCAAGAGCAUGCACGAGAGGAAUCUAUUUACGUGGAACGCAAUGCUAUCCGCAUAUGCCCGAAACGGGCAUAUACUGAAGGCGAAGGAACUGUUCGAUGGAAUGCCGGAGCAUGACUUGAUCGCUUGGAACGCCCUCCUUGUCGGCUACGCUCAAGCUGGCGAAUUCGAUCUCGCAUCGCAAUCCUUCCGCGAGAUGAGCGCGGUGGCGAUGCCGGACGAGAGCUGCUUUGUUUGCGGCUUGCUGGCUUGCAGCCACGCCGGAGACGCUGCAUCCUGCUUGAGCCUGUUCGUGUCGAUGGCGUUUGAUUUCGGGAGGAUCCCGGCCAAGCAGCACUACUCGCUCAUGGUUGACGCGCUCUGUCGAUCGGGUUACCUCAAGGAGGCCGAGGAUCUGAUCCAGAGCAUGCCCUUUGUUCCCGACGAGGUGGAUUGGAAGUGCGUCCUCGCUGCGAGAUCGAGGCAAAAGACGAGCAAGAACUCGCGACUCGACCAGGCGUUUGCAUCAAAGAGGGUUCUCGAGCUGGAUCCACAAAACCCAGCCGGGUAUGUCUUCCUUGCGAUCAACAUGGAGAACGCGGCUAUCUCAAGCUUGUAA